UAACGAAAUUUUUGUAAGGUAGGAAUAUCAUCUUUUUGUGUGAAUUUCCAUGGCCUUUCUACAUACAUAUAUAUGUGCUAUGGAAAAAAAUAAAAUAAAAAAAGCAUAUUUUGUUACUAUGCUCUUCUACUUUUGUUUAUUUAUUUAUUUAUUUUGUAGAAAUUUGGAUGUGAUCUUUUUCACUUGGAAUAAAUCAAAACAAAAUCUAGAAGAUGUUCUAUUAGAAACUUUACGGAGACAAUUACCAACCAUACCACUGUUAGUAACUAUCGAUCAAUGUAUUCCAUUUCUUGAUUAUCAUAUCGGUCAUAAUAAAGGUAAUCUUGAAAUCAAAGUAGCUCAUGAUUGGAAUGUUGAACCGUAUGCUUUACCAUAUAUCUUUGGUCAUCCGCGACAUAAUUAUCUAACAUUAAUACGUGCCAGUCUUAUCCGUGCUAUAUGCUGUUAUACUUAUGUAUUGGAUUUCAUGUGCGAGGUGGACUAUUUACAAAAAUCUAUGGAAUAUAAUCAAUUCUCAAAGCAUUUUAUUUGUGAUCAAAUAAAAUCAUUUCUAAUGGAAUUUCAUACAUCUGAAAUACGUCUAUUCGGUCCAGAUCAAUCCUUUGAUCAAAUGUCCUAUGAUCGAUUACGUCGUCAUGUUCAAAAGUAUUUGCAAGAUCGAAAACAAUCUUUACUUCGUUAUGAUGAAAAAAUUUGGCAGGAAUCAUAUUAA